CGACGAUCGAACCGGCCAGGUUAUCAAAAAUAGAAUUAAGGAUGCUUUGGAAACUCAAUCAGUCUUCAAUAAAAAACCAAACUUGAUAAUAAUUGACGAGAUUGAUGGGGUUUCCAGUAGUGGUGACGAGAAUUUUGUUAAAUUGCUUUUGGAUUUGGUUGAUGGAGAGAAACAGUCAUCACGAGACGUAAAUCAGUUGAUGUCUAAAGGAGCUAAAACAAGCAAAAAAAGGAAGGCCGUCAAGAGGUCAUUGCUUCGUCCUAUUAUAUGCAUCUGCAACGAUCAAUAUACUGCAGCGCUGCGCCCUCUCAAAGCUUCUGCAAAAAUAGUAAAUUACAAAAGAAUGCAAUCAAACAGGCUUGCAAAGAGGUUAAAAGAAAUCUGUGACCGUGAAAAAUUAUCAGCUGAUGUAUCAACCUUGUUUGUGCUGGCGGAGUCAGCGGAAGGUGAUAUAAGAAACUGUUUAACCACUUUACAGUUCAUAAAACAAGGUUCUAAUAUAGUUACAAGAGAAUUAAUAUUGAAUGCAAGCAUUGGUCAAAAAGACACAAAUAAAUCGCUCUUUACAAUCUGGGAGGAGAUAUUUCAAGUGAGAAGUUCGAAAGUUAGAUCACAUGAUUCCGUUGUUGCGCGAGAUUCAGAAAACAAUGCAAAUCGUUAUAUUUCUCGUUUAGAAUCUCUAAUCAGCACUAAUGGAGAGUAUGAAAGAUUGAUGCAAGGAUGUUUUGAAAAUUACCUCAAAUAUAAUUUUCAUGAUCAAAAAUUUAAGCUUUCUCAAAUAAAUGAAUGGAUCAAUUUUUAUGAUCAAAUAAAUCAUCGAACAAAUUCUAUGCAAUUAUUUGGAUUAUCUGCCUACCUUCCAUAUCCGAUUAUUAAUUUUCACCGAUUUUUCUCAGGCGUUUCUCACCCACGUAUAGAGUACCCAAGAAAAGAUUAUGAGUGCUACAUACAACAACAAGCAAAUGAAAAUAAAAUAAGUUCUGCAUUAAAUGGAAUGAAAGCAAAAUAUCGAUUGACCUUAAAGAGGAACAUAUUUAUAACCGAAUUCGGUUCGUUCCUAUUGCAACAAGUCGAGAAACAAAUGUUCGAAAGGCCGAAGACUAACAUGGAGUUAGAUAAAGAAUCUAGGAAAUCUGGCAAAGAAGGUGAUAGUCUGAUUAAACCAGAAUUAGACUUUUUCGGAAGGCCGAAGGCUAACAUGGAGCUAGAUAAAGAAUCUAGGAAAUCUGGUAAAGAAGGUGAUAGCCUGGUUAAACCGGAAGUUUGGUAUAGGUACCAUGAAGGAUCAUCCAAAGCUGUAAGAACAAAAAUGAAGUUGCAAGAUUUUUUUUAA